AUGGCCAAGGAUGGGAAGAACGGGGUGUACUUCAUCGAACCGAGGGAUAAGGCGACGGUGGGACGACAGUUCGACGUGAAGAUGGGGGUGAAGGGCUACGAGCUCGCCCCGGCGGCGAACGGGUUACAGGAGGGCACGGGACACCACCACCUCAUCAUCGAUGGACCGACGUUCGUGGAGAAGGGAGCGGAGAUUCCGUUCGAUGAGACCCAUUUACACUUUGGGAAGGCGCAGAAGGAGGGGGUGGUGAACCUGACCCCGGGCGAGCACACGCUCACGCUGCAAUUCGCGGACGCCAAGCACCGGUCGUUUGGGAAAAAGUUUGCCAAGCAAAUCACGGUCAUCGUGGAGUAG